CCACGGUGGCGCCGCGUCCCAUGGCGGAGGGAUGAGGGAGCGACAGCAGGGUGGACGGAGUAGAGGACGCGGACGCGGACGCGGACGACGAGGAGGUGGAGUCUGUCCCAGCCCGCAUCUGGCCCGCUCCCCUCUGACACCACGGGCCAAACCCGCCCCGAGCCUCUCACUCACUGCCCGCCUGUUCCCCCGCACGCCUCGGUCCCGGACACCCUCGGCGCAGCAACACCCGCACACACACGACCACCACACAGAAUGGACACGGAAGGGAGCCAGAACAACCUGUCCACCACGGACUCCCCUCACGACCCCUGCAAAAUGUUCAUAGGUGGACUCAGCUGGCAAACAACACAAGAGGGUCUGAAAGAGUACUUCUGCAAGUACGGCGAGGUGAAGGAGUGUAUGGUGAUGCGAGAUCCGGUUACUAAGCGCUCGAGAGGCUUUGGAUUUGUCACCUUCGUGGAUCAGGCUGGCGUGGAUAAAGUUUUGGCCCAAACCAGGCAUGAGUUGGACUCUAAAACAAUUGAUCCUAAAGUCGCAUUCCCCCGGAGGGCUCAGCCAAAGUUAGUGACUCGCACCAAGAAGAUCUUUGUGGGAGGCCUGUCGGUGAACACCACCAUAGAAGAUGUCAAGCAAUACUUUGACCAGUUCGGGAAGGUCGACGAUGCCAUGCUCAUGUUCGACAAGACCACCAACAGACACAGAGGAUUUGGCUUUGUGACGUUUGAGAACGAGGAUGUGGUGGAGAAAGUCUGCGAGAUCCACUUCCACGAGAUCAACAACAAAAUGGUGGAGUGCAAGAAAGCUCAACCCAAGGAGGUGAUGUCUCCCACUGGCUCGGCCAGGGGGCGCUCUCGGGUGAUGCCGUAUGGAAUGGACGCCUUCAUGCUGGGGAUUGGUAUGCUGGGUUAUCCAAGCUUCCAGACUGCCACCUACACCAGUCGAAGCUAUGCAGGCAUCACCCCUGGAUAUACCUACCAAUUCCCUGAGUUCCACUUAGAGAGGACUCCCCUUCUGACUUCACCCCACCCCCCUGAACUCACAGCCAUUCCCCUCACUGCGUAUGGACCAAUGGCAGCAGCGGCAGCAGCAGUUGUCAGAGGUUCAACCCCAUCUCGCACAGCUGGAUUUUUGGGAACCAGCAGCCCGGGCCCAAUGGCGGACCUUUAUGGAACAGCUGCUCAGGAGUCAGCAGUCAGCAGUUACCUCAGUGCUGCAAGUCCUGUCCCGAGUGCAGGAUUCAGCCAUGGUCUUGGGGGCCCUUUGAUCGCCACGGCCUUCACUAACGGCUAUCACUGAGAACUCAAGAGUUGUUGACGGAUGGAGAGCUGGAGGGAAUUGAAGCUGCUUUGGCGCUGAUCUGGCCCAAGCUCUGUCCACUUCGCUUCUCGUGGUGGGGGCAGCUAAACCCUUAUUUCUUUCUCUCUUACACACACACACACACACACACACACACAUCUAUCACCCUCUUACGGCAACCUCAACACAGCCAACCCUAAUGGCACCUUAGCAAAAUCAGUCAUGAAAAUGUUUCGAAAAGCCAGCAAACAAAGCAAACCGUAGCAAACACAUACAAAUGCUGUAUUUUUAGUGUUACUCUUUUCGGUCAUGUUUUACUUUGCCAUUUUGAGCGAUGGCUGCAAUUCGUCUUCUCGGGUUAUUUGACCUCUGAACCUGAAUCUCCAAGUGAAGGUUAUGAACUGUACUGCGAAAACCGUCAGAAGUUCAUAAUGAAUAUUAACAACUAAUUUGUGAACAAUCCUGUUUCUAGAAAAUGUGUAGUGGUAGGUUUUAACAAAAUCUUGUUAUAUACAGUACAUAAAGCAAGGAAGCAGGUCAAUGGUCACAGUUACAUGGUAGGCUUACUUGAGCUGCACAAUGUUGUAACAUACUGUAAAUAAUAUCACUUUUGUUCGGGGCUUAAAGGGCGGGGGCAGCUACUGUACUUUUAGGGUCUGGGAGGCUUUGGAGAAGUGCUAAGUUAGCUUCUUCUCGUCACUCCUUACAUUGGCAACUUUGAUGGCGAGAUAGUUUCAUGGACAUCUCAAUCCAUGUUUUUGUUAGAGCAGUCAUACAUUUGCUUAGGCAUUUCUCUUUCCGUCACUUGAGUCUGUUAUUUCACUGAAAAGCUGCUGUGAGUUCAGCGGAGGGAGGUUGUGUCUUUAUUUACUUUGACUUUUUUCGGAAGGGCAGGGGGACACAUGCACGAAAAAAUGCUCCUCGCCUAGGAGAGGAAAAAAUAUCCUGUUUUCUUACUUUGUCAUAAUGUUGUUUAACUGUGAUUUUUAAGAUGUGAAUAUUUUGGGUGGAAGAACAUGAAGGAGUACUUUGUUGAGCGGCCGUGCACACACACAGACACAAUCAAAUGUGCUGAUGAUGGCCUGCUGGUUUGUGUGUAAUGUGUUUUCCGAAAUGAUGUACAAUAUUCAUCGUAUGCUGUUUUUGGUUGGGGGAGGUACCUCUGUUGCAAAUGUGAAAUUUUAAUUAGACUUUUUUAAAUAAUACAUUAACAUAUUUGUCAAACUUAUGUUGUUGUUGUUGUUGUUGAAGGUGGCUUUUCCUAGUCACCUUGACAUCCCUCACAUGUAUCCACUGGAGGUCACAGCUAAAGCAAGGUGACGACUAUUUUUUUGACCAAAACAGUUCUAAAUGAAAUGAAAAGGAUGUUGCACUGGCUGGCCAAUUUUAGAAGGGCAGAAGAACAAAGCACUCCACAUUUAAUAAAAAGGUUUUCAUAUUUUCAUAGACACUCAAACUGCUCCACACUACCACCGUAGUUUUGGGUCUUCGAUUUAAAAGAAAUUGUCAAGACUGUAACCUUUUCAGAAUUUCACUUUCCUGUCAUGUUAUUUCUUUGCAGAAAAUAAAAACCUUCUUAAAUUUCCUAAUAAAUUAUUUGAAAACAUUCCA